AUGGUUCCGUACAGGAUCCUUAAUUUCGCAAUCCUCCUGUCUGUUCUACUCACCGGAGCGGCGCAGAUUCUCUGUGACCCCGAGAUCAACAGCGUCCUCUGUCCUCAGAAGGAUGGGAACUACUGCCUGCACGGCUCUCUUAAUGGCCCAACUAUCAUAGUCUGCGCUUCGUCUGCCUUUACAGAAGUCUACUCCUGUAAUGAAAUUCUUACCACGGUUCUUUCAGAUGACUAUCAGAGCACUGCAACCUGCUACGAGACCUUCGCAGCAGCAGGAGACGCGCUCUGCGCCUUCAACGGCACCGGCUACAGUCUCUCAGACCCUGCCCUCUCAAUCCAGGUCCCAGAGACUCUCCUCUGCGAGCACCCCGACGAGGCCGGCGAAGGCGAAGCUCCCAGCACAGCCAGCGCCGCCUCUUUCUCCAGUGUUAUCACCUCAUCUGAGACCGAACCCUUCGCAGAACCAGUGACACGUAUCACCAGCACAUCAACCCACUACAUAACAGUGACCGUCAUCGCACGGAGCACCACCCAGCGCGAACCAGCGCCCACCACUACCCUCUCCGCGGAGCCAACCCACCACAAACGCAACCCAGCAUGCUCGAACCCGCGAACCCAGUCCCCGCCAGCCCACUGGCCGACCCCAACCCCAGCCCCGAUGACCGUCCACGCCCUAGCAGCUCUCCCCACACCCAUCACCGAACACCACCACGCCUCCUCAACCACAACCUCCACAAUCUUCCUUUACAAAGGCUCACCCGUGCCUCCGACCUUCUCACCAAUGGAAACCAGUGGCACCGAUAUCGGCACCGGACUAAGCCGCGUCACCGUCAUCGUGACCCUGACCGCCAAACCAUCCAGAACAACCACCAUCACACUCACCAGUACAGGCGCAACCACGACCGUCACCCCGACCCGCGCGAAGACCAAAACCAUGACCACUUCGGGGUCAGAGGAGAUCCGCGUGGCUGUGUGGUCGUUGUUCUGGGUUGUGGUCUUCAUGGCGGUUUUGUGUUUGAGUUUGGAGUAG